UCACUGUGGCCGUGUGCACGCCGCCGGCCGCCGCUCUCUCCAGCCGCUGAAGAAGAAAAGCCCGGGAGCCGCUGUCGCCGGGACCAUGGCUUCUGGCCGCAGGGGCUGGGACAGCUCCCACGAGGACGACCUGCCCGUGUACUUGGCCCGGCCGGGCACCACGGACCAGGUCCCCCGGCAGAAGUACGGCGGCAUGUUUUGUAACGUGGAGGGCGCCUUCGAGAGCAAGACGCUGGAUUUCGAUGCCCUGAGCGUGGGGCAGCGCGGCGCCAAGACUCCGCGGAGCGGCCAGGGCAGCGGCCGCGGCGCGGGGAGCCGGCCCGGGCCGGAGGGGGAAGCGCGCAGGGUCCCGGGCCGGGAGGAGAGCAGGGAGCCCGCCCCGGAGCCGCCCAAGCCCGCCGGGGUGGAGAUCCGGAGCGCCACCGGCAAGGAAGUUCUGCAAAACCUCGGUCCCAAGGACAAGAGUGACCGUCUUCUAAUCAAGGGAGGGAGAAUCGUCAACGAUGACCAGUCCUUUUAUGCUGAUAUUUACAUGGAGGAUGGCUUGAUAAAGCAAAUUGGAGACAAUCUGAUUGUCCCUGGAGGUGUGAAGACCAUCGAGGCCAAUGGGAAGAUGGUGAUCCCUGGAGGCAUUGAUGUCCACACUCACUUCCAGAUGCCUUACAAGGGAAUGACCACAGUGGAUGAUUUCUUCCAAGGGACAAAGGCUGCCUUGGCAGGUGGCACCACCAUGAUCAUUGACCACGUGGUCCCUGAACCGGAGUCCAGCCUGACCGAGGCCUACGAAAAGUGGCGUGAGUGGGCCGAUGGGAAGAGCUGCUGUGACUACGCUCUGCAUGUGGACCUCACGCACUGGAACGACAGCGUCAAGCAGGAAGUGCAGAACCUCAGCAAAGACAAAGGCGUUAACUCCUUCAUGGUGUACAUGGCUUACAAAGACUUAUAUCAAUUGUCCAACACAGAGCUCUAUGAGAUCUUCACCUGCCUGGGAGAGCUGGGGGCCAUCGCUCAAGUUCAUGCUGAGAAUGGAGAUAUCAUUGCCCAGGAGCAGGCCCGGAUGCUGGAAAUGGGGAUUACCGGUCCAGAAGGUCACGUUCUGAGCAGACCAGAAGAGCUGGAAGCUGAGGCUGUGUUCCGGGCCAUCACCAUCGCCAGCCAGACCAACUGCCCCCUCUAUGUCACCAAGGUCAUGAGCAAGAGUGCUGCGGAUCUCAUCUCACAAGCCAGGAAGAAAGGAAACGUGGUCUUUGGUGAGCCCAUCACUGCCAGCCUGGGAAUCGAUGGGACCCAUUACUGGAGUAAGAACUGGGCCAAGGCAGCUGCAUUUGUGACAUCCCCACCUCUGAGCCCUGACCCGACCACACCUGACUACAUCAACUCCUUGCUGGCCAGUGGGGAUCUGCAGCUCUCUGGAAGCGCUCACUGUACCUUCAGCACUGCCCAGAAAGCCAUUGGGAAGGACAACUUCACCGCCAUCCCUGAGGGCACCAAUGGUGUGGAGGAGCGGAUGUCUGUCAUCUGGGACAAGGCUGUGGCUACGGGGAAGAUGGAUGAAAAUCAGUUUGUGGCUGUGACAAGCACUAACGCUGCCAAGAUAUUCAACCUGUACCCUCGCAAGGGCAGAAUAGCUGUGGGCUCUGACAGCGACCUGGUCAUCUGGGACCCAGACGCCGUGAAGAUCGUCUCUGCUAAGAACCACCAGUCGGUCGCAGAAUAUAACAUCUUUGAGGGGAUGGAGCUGCGCGGGGCGCCUCUGGUGGUUAUCUGCCAGGGCAAGAUCAUGCUGGAAGACAGCAACCUCCACGUGACCCAAGGGGCAGGCCGCUUCAUCCCCUGCAGCCCGUUCUCGGACUAUGUCUAUAAGCGCAUUAAAGCCAGGAGGAAGAUGGCGGACCUGCAUGCAGUCCCCAGGGGCAUGUAUGAUGGGCCCGUGUUUGAUCUGACCACCACCCCCAAAGGGGGCACCCCAGCUGGCUCUACUCGGGGCUCUCCCACUCGGCCAAACCCACCAGUGAGGAACCUCCAUCAGUCGGGAUUCAGCCUGUCAGGCACCCAAGUGGAUGAGGGUGUCCGCUCAGCCAGCAAACGCAUCGUGGCGCCCCCUGGAGGCCGUUCUAAUAUCACAUCCCUGAGUUAAGCAAGCCCUCCCAAAAGAGGGAAGCAGAAGCAAGAGAUUUUUUUGAAGCCAAAAUGGUACAUCGAUAUUUAAGAAGGAAAGUGAAUCUAAACAGUUGAGAUCUAAAGAAUCAAUAAGCCUCAAGCCUUAUGUUUCCCAAUGUUAUGCUCGCUUGCCUAGCUUUAUGAAUUGCUUUGAUUUCUCUUUAUGCAUACCCUUGACUUCUUUGACCUCCCCUCCCCCUUACAUGCAUGCGAUCAGACAGGCCACUAAGGUAGAGUCUGCAUCUUAUAGUUGAGAGCGUAUGUAGCACUGCAUCUUAUGACAAGGGGACAGACAAAGCUGGGACGUCAAGAAAAUGAACAAAAGGCACGAAGGGUCUUUGGGUGGUGGGAGCCCAGGGCCCAUUGGGGGCACACAGGGGCUGGGGUGGGAGCAGGAGGGAGGUGGGUGGGCUUGGUGAGCAGGGCAUUACUUGCUGUGCUGACGAUGUACAUUAAUUUCCAUGUGGCACCUGGAUGCCGCAUCACAGUGCCCUGGGAUCUGCAGAGAAGGCAGGAGGGCUUUGGGUUCUGACUUGGUCACAGAUGUCCUUUCCUAUUAGGUCUUUGUUCCUUUAGUCGUUUAUUAAAUGUCAGAGUCCAGCCAUUUUUUUUCCCACCUGUUUAAUGAUGCCAGCAAUUGCCUGGGCCUCUUUCUCAUUUUGCUUGCUACUCCUGUAUUCUAGGCUGUGAAGGCCACACCGGCAGGACAAAUGGACAGGUCUCUUCCUCUGUGGCUUCUUUGGGGCCCAGCACUCAUGCAGAGUGCUGCAUGGGCUCUAUUUAGGGACAGCCAUGAAAUUUAGACAGCCUUCUUCUCAGCCCUAGGAAAACACCUCUCUCUCCUGCCGGCAAGCUCAUGCUCUUGCCUGCUGAGUUAGGACCCUGGCAGAGAUAGACUCCAGGGCUUCCUUUGCUCAUAUGAAUGGCUAAUCUCUUCCUCUUCUCAGAUCCAAACACACUCGUGAUUUUCUUUUCUUUUAGAGAACUGACUUUCUCAGUUGUCUCUGAUCUUUCCUCCAAAUAGUAAUCUCAGCUUCCAUGGGAGUACAGCAGAGAUUUAGGGAAGCCAGCCCUUAGCAGGUGUACAUUAUGUCACCAUAUUUUCAAUUCUAAGCCACGUGUUUCCUCUUGUAUGAGCAGGUCCUGGGGGCAGGGAUGUCACUCUUUAAUUGGUACUACAAUCUCCAGGGUAAUAUUACGAAGUGACACGAUGCAGCCUUCUCAUUGGGGAAAGCGGGCAGCAACAUUUGUUCUCUGGCUGUCAGAGCCGGAACUCUAUGUCCCUAUCAUGCCAUUUCCAAAACCAACUGUGAACCGAUUCUAUGAGCAAGCUAGGGGUCUAGAGAAGGCAGGACAGUCUCCUUCAGGAAAUAUGGUAUCAGCCUGGGCUCAGAUUCCUGUGCUCUGGGGGCCCGCCUGAUGAGGAGUGUACAGGAAAUAAGUACUCUGAAGACCAGAGCAGGCCUCCUACACCUUCCAAGUACUUAAGAGAAGCCUCCGUCUCUGCCUGCAGGUGGUUUUUGUUUGUUUUGCUUUUGCUUUGUGCUUAUCUUUGUCUUUCUUUUUUUUUUUCCUUUGGUGGAGGAUUUUUGUUUGUUUUGUUCUGUGGAGCUGGACAAUUGAGUCCAGGGCCUCGCAUGUGCUAGGCCGAGUGUUUACUCGGCCACUAUGCUUCACCCCUGCCCCGGGCCCUGACUGCAGGUUGUAAUCAAACAGACAACAAGAGAAACGUGAACAGUUUGGAUACAAAAGGAUUUGGAAAUAGCAGAGGACUAGGACUUCCCUGAGCAAGCAAGCCAGUUGUUCAAUCAAGGAAAAGGCUCUUUCAGCUCAUAGUAGGGAAUCUUGAUAUUUUAAAGCUCUCGUGGUGCUUUUAUUUUUAAAGGAAAAUUUAGCAGAAAAAAAAAUGAGGAGGCUGUAGUUUGGAAUUACAAUUUAAAGAUUUGGGGAUUUAUCCAGAAACUCAGAAUGACUUCUAUAUGCAAAAGGGAGUGUGCCAGAUCUGAUGCAUGUAUUCUAUAUACCUCAAUAGCCAGGCUUGACAGCCGCAUAGGGUGUAGUACCCUCUGUGGCCACCAGAUGGAGGAAGAGACACGUAAAUGAACUGUGGUUUCCCAUGUCUGAGAUCAACUGGUCCCUCCAAGGGACUCUCUGGUCGUGAAAACUUACCUCCUCUGUGUCAUCUCACAGCACUUGGGACUUCCAAAAGGUGCCACUGUUAUAUUCCACUCAAGCCUUCCCUGUGUGAGGAACAGCAUCCGCGUGGUGGGCAGGCACCGGCUUCAGCACGCCUCCCUGGCUUCAUCCACUGUUAGUAACACCCAAGCAUAGGACAUCCUGAGGACUCUUUCAACCCUCCCACUGUUUUCUUAACAUGAGAAAUUUUCUAAGCAGCAUGCUACUGGAGUUAAAAUUUUAUAUUUGAAUUGUUUCUGCUCCAUAGACACAACAGACAGCCCCGGUCACUGGGUGAGGCCUUCCUCCAAGUUCCCGUGCCUUCCAUUCAAGGAUGGGAGGGCAUGCUGGGUGCUGUCUUCUCUCCAGAGGUUUUGCCCUCUGGGCUUUCAAUCCAGCCCCUUCUGAAAAUAACCCUGCAAUCUCCAAACCUCAAGUUAUUUCUGAGCCCUAAUGGCAACUAUUGACAUUCUUUCUGAAAGGGCCACAGGCUCCAGCAGUUGAAGCAAUUAAAUUGGCUUCCCUAGCAGAGAUAUUUCUUUUAUUUCUAAGUGGGUUUUUUGUUUGGUUGGUUGGUUGGUUUUGUUUUUUAACUAAAAGGAUUUUAGUCAUCCUCCAAAAUGGCCUUUCCCCAACUUCACAGUCUUUGAGUCCUUUCUUCAUGAUGAUACUCAGAGAUCUCAGUUCAUCUCCCAAGGCCUGAAUCCUAACUCUAGACUCCAUUCUGCUCAUCCUGCUAAGCCCCACCCAAGAGGUGAGUGCUUCCCAACUUUGACUCUUGACACAAGCCUCCCAGGUCUUUUCCCCUAGACAGCCCCAGCUUGAGUCCCGAUGCAGUCGUGGGCUGGCCCAGGCAGCCAGCACCCCUGCUAAUUCCCCUUUGAGACAUGGUGUGUGGGUGUUCAGUUCUGUGUCUGGUGGCCGGACAGUGAGUCUCCCUGUGACCUGUGCUAGCUGUGAGGCAGCUCGGAAAUGGACGAGCUGUUUGGUUUGAACCGUGAAGAAAACUGUGUAUUGAGUUAGAUGAGAUUAAAGAAAAAAAAAAAAAAAAAAAGCUCACCAAGUGACUGUUAAUGUAAACCUGGUUAUUAAAAUAAUUAUAAAAUUA